AUGUCGUCUCGUCAUCGCCAGUCUGGAGUCAGGCCAACUCCUAGCCGGUCCUCCAUCGUUCCCACGCAAACCCCAGCGCGUCGCCCCGCAGUUGAAGAGGAGCUACCGCCGUACAAGAAACCAUCUCACCCGCUGAACGAACGCGCGCAAGCGAGACUUCGCGCUCUGAACGACCGAUCGGUAGCCUUGCUCAAGGAUCAUAACCAGAAGGCUGGCGAUCGGGUCACGGAAGCAGCCGCCCUCAUUCUGGACACCCUGCAUGAGCGGCAAGAAGCUGUGGCUAAGCAGCGCACGCGGUGGGAAAAGGGUGUUGAGACGGAGAGUCAGCAGGAAGAUGAAGCACGGCUUGCCAGUUUGCAAAAACAGGUCGAGGAGUACACUAAAAAACUCGAGGAGAGUAUGAGGGGAAUCAUUGACAACGGCGUGGCCGCACAACGAAUUGAGGAAUCUCUAGGAUGGUUGCAGACGCACGCUCCAGGACGACUCCAGCAAGAAUAUGCGACACAGAAGUCUCAGCAGCAGUCGCAGCGGGAAUCACAAGGGGCGUCACAAUCGCAGAGGCGGCGCACACAGAACAGAGCGGAUGAUGACGGCGAUCAUAUGGAAGACGAACAGGAGACCCAGGAAUCAGUAGGACCUACACCAGGCCCUACGCCGCUCGACGGCUCACGGCCAAGCCUCACUGGCGUGAGCGAGAUGUACGCGAACCGUAUGGAGCGCGAAAAGAUCGACUACACUUCUAUCUCCUAUGUCGGUCGUUAUUCAAACAAUGACGCUUACACCAACUUCAAAAAAAUGGUGCACGAUGCGCGAUACAGAGAUGAUCGCCCGCUUCCAAAACCCGAAACGUGGUUCACAGAGACAGGUUCACCUGCUCCGGGAAUUACCGGACACGGGGAGGACCAUGACGACGAUGAUGAUAUUGUCAUGGAGCGUGCAACUAUCAGUAUCAAAUGCCCUUUGACAUUCCUGCCUCUCAAAGAUCCAUACACAAGCGCAAAAUGUCCUCAUACCUUCGAACGAACCGCCAUAUUCGAGAUGAUUAGGAAGAGCACGGUAAGGGUUGGAGGUGGAUCUGCAAGUAACGGAGAGAAGGCUGUGAAAUGUCCGGUGACCGGUUGCGAUCAGGUACGCACCUUGAAAUCUAGUCUACAGCCCUUGUUGUUUUGCGUACAAAUUUUGGAACAACAGAAGCUGACCUUGCUACAGAUGCUUAGAGCCCAAGAUCUUCACCCCGAUCCGGUUCUUAUGCGCAAAAUCAAACGCCUGCAACAAGCAAAAGCUCGAGAAGCAGAAGACGAGCCAGAUGAGGAAAGGGAGCUAUCGGUUUCGCAGCAACCAACGCCAUCUGUUCAGCCGCGGAUCAAAGCUUCACCGUCUUCGAGACUUCAAGUACCUUCUACUCAGGAACCGCCAAGAAGCUCGAUAGUCGAUGAUCUGGGUAGCCCUAGUGACGAGGAGGAAUAA